ACAUUGCUUGUGGUUGUGUGGCCAGCUGGCUGAGGCUUUGUUAGAGCCAGCGUUAUCUUUUAGUUGUUUUCAAAGUUUCUUUCGUAUUGGUAAGAGGGUAGGGCGGUGCGUUGUCCUAGGUUUCGGCCGGACUAGCGUAUCGUCCGGUCUUCCAUAGUGUUAUUAUAACUAUAAAUUAGUUAAAUUGCGACAUUCGACAAGUCCAACCUUGCUGGCGUUGAGUAAUUAAUUAUACGAGAUGACCCGUGGAAACCAGAGAGAUUUGGCUCGCGCCAAGAACCAAAAGAAACAACAAGAAAUGCAAAAGAAAAAGAAUGCUAGUGAAAAGACUGGCAUGUCUUUACAAGAAAGGAAACAUAGGGAUGCUGAAUUAAUGAGAGAAAAGCAACGAAAAAAAGAAGAACAGUUAGCAGCAAGUAUGAAUAAACAAAAACAAACAGCAAAUUAAAUAUUCAGGCAAAAACAUGAAGGUUUUUUGACUGCUCCUUAUUAUGUUUAAUCACAUAAAAUUUUGAGCUUGUCAGUGGUGAGCCGAAACUGGAUAUGUGAUUGAAGCACUCCUUUGAAUUAGAAUAACAUUAAAAUCUUGAGUUUAACAGAGCCUAAUUUAAUUAUAAUCCCAAAUAAAGAUUUUAUUUGUUAAAUGUUAUAAUAGUUGGGAGCCUAGGAUUUGAACUUGUAUGAUCUGAAGAAGUAAAGUUGUUUACUGUGGCUCAUCAGGCCCAGUUGCAAUGACAAAUUGGUAAACAGAUUUGUCACAAGAAGUCUUAGCAUUUAUGCAAAUCUUAAUGUUAAUUUUGACUGAAUAGGUUUGUAUGUAUACUCAACUACCCAUUUUUGUACAAUAAAAUCUUAAAAGUACAACUGUGUUCUGUUUUGUCAUUGGCAAUUUUUUUCCUUUCAUAACAAUGUAUUUGAUUAAAAGUAGGUAGUGUCGACCAACUGCUGUAAGCAGUUGACGACACCUGCAAUAUAAUAAAUGUCGCUCUAACCAUAGCAAUAUACAUAUUUGUAUGAAACUGAUUGGCUUCUGGUGCGUAACGACACGCGUCGUAGUCAAUAUAUAACUUAACAUUUCAACAUUUUAUUGUGCACACAUUGCAUAGUGAUUUUAUGGCAGUUGAGAUAAAGUCACUUGACCGCUUAUAAAACAAGUGCUCAAAUAAAUGAUUUCCUCAAAUGAUUACUUCAUUCAUAGUACCUAUUGUGAAAAUAAUAUGAAGUUGGUUUGCAAGUAAGAAUAGGUACAUACUCUUGAUUGAUAUGGUAUGCAUGUACUUGUUAAAUUAAGUUCAAUCUAAGUUAUAUUGUAGAGUGUAAUGUAUUACACAUUUCUAAGAAAUAAAAAAACUUGUUCAUAAAAACUGUGUAAUUUAAUAAUAAUAUGUAUGCAGAUUUCAGAAACAAUGUUUCAUUUAUUUGGUAUUAUGAGAUAGACAAAAAUAAAAAUCAUCACACUUAUGUAGGUACAUACAGAGUGGCGUAAUAUCUUGUGGUCUGUGGUAAAUAUAUUAUGGAAGGUAAACAAUCAAUGUUCUUGGUUUGAUUUAAUACGAUCUGAGUGAGUAUUUGGCUAUUUCAAGCUCAUCUCCAGAAGACAAAAUUGAGAGAUGCUAUUCUAAUUAAUUACUACGUCGCUGUUUUCUUUCAAUUUUUUUUAUCAAUCCUUUAACCAGGAGGGAUAAGCGAAUAUUAAAUUUUUUGUUAACAAUUGUACCAAAUAAUACUAAUAACUAUUAGAGGAAAGAUUAAAAUGUCAGAUAUAUUAUGUUUAAUUAUUAAGUAAUUCGACACUAUUAAUGACUAGUGGGAAUGAUUAUUUUGUAUAACUAAUAAUUACUGGUAGCUCAUUUUUAAUGGCUUGAGAAAUUGCACGUAACGUGAUAAAUACGUAUUAUAUUUUGUUAUAAUACUACGCCUUAUACAUAUUUGCAAUACGUAUACAAUUUUUAAUACCUCAUUUGUUACUUUUCACAGCAGUUAUUGUUCUUAAAUUAAAUUAAAACAAUACCUAUUUCUUAUGAAAAAAUUUUGUAACACCACACCAUAGUGCAUUAUUUGAAUAUUUAUGUAAAAACAAAACUAACACAAGUGACAUAACACACAAACAACAAAAUCUUCACACAUUAAUAAAAUAAUACAUCUAUUAAAAUCUGUUCUGUUAAAAAUAAACUUGCAAUAAAGUAAUUGAGUACUUUUUCUACUUCAGAUGAACACGCAAAAUUAUUUUAUACCUAUUUUCUCUUUCAUCCAA